GUCAGUUUGUGUGACAGUCUGACAAACCCUGGACUGCUCCGAUCCGCUGCCUGCUGGUGAACCAGAAACACAGUAAUCACCCAACACUAUGUAUCACCUGCGGGUGCCUGUGCUUCUCCUUGUUGUUCUUGUGUUGCUGCGCUAUGUCAGCACUGCCCCGAGCCACAGGUACUUCAGUCCCAGCACAUCCAGGGAGCAGGAAAGUGCAUUUCCAGAGCGUGAUGCGUGGCUAGCUGAGGGGCUAAUUUCCAACCCCUUCCUCGACCUUAUAGGUACACGACCGCAAAGAGGGCUCACAGCUAUGAAUGGCCAUCACAUAGAGAAGAGAAAGUGUAACACAGCCACCUGCGUCACUCAAAGGCUAGCAGACUUCCUGGUCCGAUCCAGUAACACUAUUGGUACUGUCUAUGCACCGACCAAUGUGGGAUCUUCCACCUACGGCAAGAGGGACCUGCUGCAGCCUCCCAGAUACCUGCCUCUCUAGCUCUGACUGGGGAAGCUCCACCAGCAUCCCCUGGGCUUGGAUGAUAUAACCAGACUGCUUGUGUAACAAUGAUUGUCAGAAUAAUGUUAGUGAAGAUGACACUAAGGGUAAAAAUGAAGAACAGAGUUUUUAUUUUCAUUACAUACAUUUCAAGAAACAGUGCCUUUAAUUUAAACCAUCAAAAAAAUGUUUUUUCUUUUGGUAUUUCUGAGUGUUUUGUGGCUCUGUUAAUGCAAUGGACAUUUACAGCAUGUUGUCAAUACAACUAUAAAUAAAAGUUAAUUAAUAAAAAAAAAACAAGAAAACAGAUGUAAAUCCAUGUGAAAUAAAUGUGUUUGGAUUUUGAUAAUAAAGUUGUGUAAACCUA